AUGAAUAAAAUUUCGCAUACGAAUGCACGCCGAAAAUCUAGUAUUAAUUUUGUAAAUUUCCAUCGAUUCCAUUUUUUGGAUAGAAGUCGUGAAUCCCGUCGUCGUAUCAACCGACCACCCUCUGCGGUUUACAGCAAGUUGAGCGAAGGCAUCAGAAUCAAAACCCCAGCGGCGUUACAGUGCGCGCUCUUUUGCGGAGGCGCGCGUUGCAAAUAUGAACAACCGCGACAAAGUCGAACUGCGAUACAGGGCGUCUAUUCCGAUUGGGUCACAGAUGACAUCCUCGCGAUGGCGCGCCCAAGCACCGCAAGCAUAGCAGCCAGGAACAUCAUACAACAAUUCCACAGCUGGGGAAUCAGAACAGUCAUAAACCUUCAAAUACCAGGAGAGCAUGCGAGCUGUGGACCUCCGCUCACGAAGUCUGGCUUCACUUAUGAUCCUGAUGUAUUUAUGGCUAAUGAUAUAUAUUACUACAACUUCGCAUGGCCGGACUACGGCGAGGCGAGUCUCAGCGGAUUAUUGGACAUGGCGAAAGUUAUUUCCUUUGCCCUUCAAGAAGGCAGAGUGGCGAUACAUUGUCAUGCAGGUUUAGGUCGUACAGGUGUCCUAAUAGCCUGCUACCUCGUGUACUCUCUUCGUAUACGCGCUAAUGACGCUAUUCGACUAGUGAGGAAGAAACGUCCAAGAUCAGUACAGAUGAGCGGACAGAUCCUGUGUGUGCAGCAGUUCGAGCAUUACCUUCUGCCUCAGACUAUUGUGUUUAGUUCAAAGGAACCAUUGAUGCUGACAAAAGAUCGGAAAACUUCAGAGUUCACACUUCGACAAUAUUUGUAUAGACAGAGAGCUGUCUUGCACGGAGUUGAAGAAAGAGCGUUCAAAGUGUUGCCAAAGAUAGUGUACUGCAUCUGCGAACGUCUUCUCAAACUUUGCGGAUGUCAGGAAACAGGUGGCCUAGAUUUGAAAAUUAGAAAUAGGCCUUUUUAUAAAACCUUUCUGGUCUACAAGCUGAAACAAGUCAAGGAAACUGGUUUACAGUCUCCGAAUGAGGUCAUUCCAAAUCAAGUAACAACUCUACCUAUGGUAGAGUGGCGAGAUCCCAUUGAAGAAGCUAUCGAUAGAAACUUGGAGUCAGUAAGCAGAAUAACUGGCAGCACUACUGGUGGCAGUAUACCGGCAAUACACGUUCACGAGGCUUUUAUUACUGACUACGAAAGUCUUCCAGAUGACAAACAAAAAUAUCUCAAACAAUUACGUACGGAGAUUAACCAGAAGAGAGACGCCAUUAAUAAAUUAGACAAAGAGGAUGAUCCAUGUGUUCUAAUAGGAUUGUUAUUCGAAUGGCUCGAAGGAUUGAAACAGCCAGUACUGGACAGAGAGGAUUUGUCAACCAUUAUCGGAAGAUGCAAAGAUGUACACAGUUGCAUCGUUUCUUUAGAAAUGGAGGACGUAAUCCUUAUAGAGUAUCUAUUACGCUUCGUCAUAAGAUUAAGACCACUUGCGGCACAUAAAAAAAUCGAUAUCAUCAAACGUUUGAUCGCCGCAUUAACACACCAAACAGUUCCAAUUAACGGAAAAAUUCUUCCAGUCAAAGAUCUCCCUAAAUUAAGGGAAGGGACUUGCAGUCAAGUUGUCAACUUUAUGUUACGUUUCGUCGUUGAAAUACAAAAAGAUAUAGUGAAACCGGGUCGAGAUGAGACAGACGUCAUUAUUCCACCUCGUAGAUUGAGAAUAAAAGCUUGGAAAUAAAA